CGCAGAGGAAAGCCCAGACUCACUUCAGAUCUGAUCUAAACACGCGAUCGGAUCCCCGCUCGUGCAUCUGAAGCUCUAAUGCGCGUUAAUUGAUGGAUGAAAGUGUGUGCGAGCAGGAGAGGGAGAAACAGACACUGCUGAAGGAGGCACUAUGUCUGUACAGGGUCAGGAUAUUUCUGAAUAUCAUCUGAGCGUGGUGCUGAACCCGCCGGGAUGGGAGGUGUGUUUGUUUGUGUUCGGGUUUCUGGUUCUGUUUGCUGUGGUUAUAGUCAAUCUGUGGAGAUUAUAUAAAUCCGGCACCUUCCCGACUCCCUCUCCAUUCCCGAACUUUCACUACCGCUACCUGCAGGAGAAAUAUGGCUCGUCCCACUCCGAGGUCAGACAAAAGCGUGUUGCUGCUUGUAACCAGCGGAGGGCGUCGUCUGCAAGCCGAAAGCCGAGUCUGCAGCUGCUGGACACUCCAGACGGUCUCCGUGAUUUGGGGACCCUGGAGCUGAUGAGUCGAGAGCUGGACCAGAGCGGAGGCUCCCUGAACCGCUCCGUGUCCUCAGAGUCGCUGUGCUCCAUCUCGUCUGUGGCUCAGACCUUCGGGCAUGAUUUUACGGUGGGCCAGCUGGAGGUCACGCUGGAGCUGGACACUCGGGCGUCUCUGCUGCUCGUCGCUCUGCAUCAGGGCAAAGACCUGCUGGAGAAAGAGGAGGAGAACUUCCCCGGAUGCUUCAUCACCGUCACACUCGUCCCGCAGCAGAUCAACCUGGGGGCCACGCAGGUCCAGAGGAACGCCUUCACCGUGGUAUUUGACGAGCGUUUCUCUGUUCCUCUGGAAUCAGUCAAUCUGGAGGAGAACAGUCUGCGAUUCUCCACCUUUGGUGUGGAUUCAGACGAAAGGAACAUCACUGCUGGAGUGGCAGAACUCAAACUGUCGGAUCUGGAUUUGCCAUAUCGGCCGUUUAACGCCUGGCUCUAUUUACAGGACAUCAACAAGGCUGUGGAUGCUGUGGGAGAGAUCCUGCUGUCUCUCAGUUAUCUGCCCACUGCAGAGCGUCUCACCGUGGUCAUCGCUAAAGCCAAGAACCUGGUCUGGACUAAUGGAAAGACCACAGCAGAUCCAUUUGUGAAGGUGUACCUGCUCCAGGACGGCAGGAAGAUCAGUAAAAAAAAGACGUCCAUAAAGAGGGAUGAUACUAAUCCAAUCUUCAAUGAGGCUAUGAUCUUCUCAGUGCCAGCUAUCGUCCUGCAGGAUCUCUCUCUGAGAGUGACGGUCGCUGAGAGCACAGAGGACGGCCGUGGUGAAAACGUAGGUCAUGUGAUCAUCGGCCCGGAGGCCAGUGGGAUGGGAAUCACUCACUGGAACCAGAUGCUGGCGACUCUGCGCAAACCCGUCUCAAUGUGGCACCCGCUGCGGAGGACCUAAGCCUGUCUGCAUGGAGCCUACUGUCUAACUGUCCUCACAGUAAAGACCUCUCAGUGUGUGUCCCGUGGAUGGAUCUGGAAAGAGAGAGAAAUCGGUGGCUCAGCAUGA